UUCAUUGAUCGUUCCAAUAGCGCGCCGCACGCUCAGCGCAGCGGACAAGUUAACCAGCCAGCCCGUCAGUCAGUCAGCCAGAAGUCCGACUUCCACCGCCCACUCGGUCGCUCAAUUCGCUGGCCGGGCUAACGGAGUCAAAGCCAAGUGGCUCAGCUGAUUCGGCGGCUGACAUCCCAUUCCCGAUCCCAUCCACACACGACAUUGACGAUCCGCGCACCGAGAUAUAUCUUUUCAGUGCACAGCCGACAAGCGCAGCAGGCGGACGCAGCGCAGCGCAGAGUAUUCUCCGUGUUUAUUCUCGAUCGCCGUCGACUCGGGAUAUUGGAUACAGACAUAAAGAUACUGAGAUAUAUACACGCUGUCGAGCGACGCGCACUCAUAGAUAUUUUUAGCAGCCGGCCUCACGCAUACCGCCGCAGAUUAGUACCGCCGCACUGACACACGCGGCUUGCACGUUUCGGAAAACUCACUCUCGGAGGCUUUUCCCCGCAGCCAAACAACAAUACGCGAAAACCAAACAAAAGUUCUUAUCAAUAAUUAAAUCGCCGACUCGGAAUCAAUUUAGCCCAAAACAAGUUCUACUGUUUUGAGGAAAUAAAACCGAAAACAAAUCUUUUUUGUUGUGUUAAUAUGCCAAAUUUAUGCAUGAGCUAAUAACUUUAAUUCCUGAAAACAGAAAAAAAACUUAAAACCAAGCAAAACAAAAUAACAAGAAGAGAUCCCAUAUCAAAAUUAGUUGGGUGACUAAUUAGCUGAUGCGUUGUCGGAAUCUCAAUUUGCAUACUUUGCGCAACUUUAAUGAACCAAAAAUUAAAAUAAAAACAUCAACAAAUCUUAAUCAGAGCGCAGAAGUAAGAAAUUUAAAACAUCCCAAACAACCUUAGAGCCACACAAAAAAUUGGAUUUAUGAAAUCAAAAAGAUGAAGUCCAACACGUACGAGCUGCACAACUACGCCGAUCUGAAUGACAUGGAUGCGGCGGACUCGAAGGACUCCCGGAAGAGGAAGACGACCAGUGCCCGGGGUGAAAAGUAUUCCCUGCGACAGAAGCGACCGAAGAGGAGUCUAAAUGAGGAUGCAGACUCCGCGAGCCUGCCCGACUUUCAGCUGGAAUUGGAUCCUGUGGUGGAACCUUCCAGUAAAUCGAGGAAAAACACACCCACCAAGUCCAAGACGAAAGCACCGCCGUUGAGCAAAUAUCGACGGAAAACCGCGAAUGCCAGGGAACGAACCAGAAUGCGGGAAAUAAACACGGCCUUCGAGACCCUCAGACAUUGUGUUCCCCAGGCGAUAACUGGAGAGGAUGCAGCUAAUACCAACGAAAAGCUGACCAAGAUCACCACCCUGCGACUGGCCAUGAAGUACAUCACCAUGCUGAGCGAUUCGAUUAGGGAUUCCAACUACGAGAGUGAGUUGAUUGGCGAAUGCCUGGAGGAGAGUGCCAAUCGUGAGGCGAGAGUGGACUUCGAGGAAGCAGAGGUCGAGGUUGAGUUACCCGUUGCUCCGCCAGUUGUAAAGAAACCAGCCAAGACCAAGGGAAGUGCCAAGAAGAACUCGACGGCCAGCAAGAGACAGAGCCAAAAGCAGGCCAAGAUUGAGCCGCAAGUUCCGGCAGUGAGUUCCGGGGAGUCCUGCUAUGCCACAUCCUCGAUAGGCUCGCCUGCCUCCUCCGCCUACGCCUCGCUCUCCUCGUCGUCGAACAGCCACAGCAGCAGCAGCAGUCCGGGAUUGGAGGUGGACACCUUGGUGGGAUUGCACGGGAUCAGCUCUCUGGACUCCCUGCUCUUCGACGCCUUGGAUGGGGAUUCCUUGCCCUGUUUGAGUCGCGGCUACGGAAGCUUGCUUACUGGCAGCGGGGAGUCCCUGUUGCCCGGUUGUCGAGGGGAUCUGCCGAUGUCUGGCUUGGAGAAAUCGGAUGUUGAGCUGAGCCUUCGGUUACUUGAUCAGAGAUCCGCGGACUCCUUCGACUUUGCCAGCGAUCAACAGCCCUCGGCCUGCAUCAGUUCGUUUUCCAGCCUCGACGGUUAUCCCUCCGACCUGCUGUACACCGAAUUUCCCGACAUGUUUCUCACGUGACGCGUAUUCUUUAGUAUCCUCUACUACUCAUCCUUCUCUUAAGUCUAACCCUCGUUUUAAGUUAGAGUGCGAGUUCUAACCCGACUUUCACACUUAGCCAUUACAUGCGAUGCGCCCUUUGCGGCGGAAUUCAUUGUGUCAUAGCAAGCAUAUUUAAGGUACAUUUGACAUUUGACCAACAUCCAGCGAAGAGAAGAGCUGCUCACCGCCACAUCUACAUGAUAACUCAACUCAACUCAAAUCAAAUCAACUCAACUAGUGAUCUAAGCAUUUCUUUCUGACGCAUUUCUCGUUAUCGUGUAAAUAAAGCACCCAGUGUUGUUUCAUGA